AUGGGUGUCGAUGAAUGGGAUAAAAAUAUGAAAGCGGCUGGAUCGGAUGAUCAGAAAAAGGUAUUUCGAAUUUCAAAAUUCCAAAAAAACAUUCAUAGAUAACAUUUUUUGCAGAUCGAUAAAUGGUUGGAAAACAUAAUCUUCCGUUAUUUCCAUGUUUGGUCGCCAGUAAAUUGUCAAGCAAUGUUGAAAAGAUAUGAAAUCUAUGAACUUUGUUUGAGAGCUCGCGAAUUUUUCUGGGAAAAACCAUUAUAUCGACAUGUUGAAGUACCAGUUAGUAUUGUUGGUGAUAUUCAUGGACAAUUUGAAGAUCUUAAAACAAUAUUUGAUAUGAAUGGAUGGCCAUUUAGUGAUGAUGAAGCUAAAGAAAUGUGUACUAAUUGGAUAAUGAGAAAUCGAAAAGAUGAAAAAGAUCCAAAAAAAGUCCAGUCAGUUUUUUUUGGUUUUGGUGAGGGAAGAAGGGAAGAAGUGUGAAAAGAUUCAUGAAGUCAAACUGUUUUCUCGCCCCAAAAUUUCCGGGCUAUUUUCAUACCCAUUGUUCAACUUUAAAAUUCAACAAAAUCAUCAAUAUAUAUAUUCCAGGCUUCCAAAAAUCCUUGGUACUGGAUCAGAUCGUCAACCUGGUCCAAAAUCAUAUUUAUUUCUCGGUGAUUAUGUUGAUCGUGGUCCAUAUUCAAUGGAAGUUGUAAUACUUUUAUUUGCAAUGCAAUUACGAUGGCCUGAUAGAAUAACACUUCUUCGAGGAAAUCAUGAAUCUCGACCUGUAAAUCGACAAUAUGGUUUUUAUAAUGAAUGUGCGCGAAGAUAUAAUGAGAGAAUUUAUGAAGUAUUUCAAUUAACUUUUAAUACAAUGCCAUUAACAGCAAUUGUAAAUAAAAGAAUAAUGUGUAUGCAUGGAGGAAUAUCACAAGAUUUAUAUGAUUUGAAACAAUUAGAUCUUGUUAAACGACCAAUCGAUAUUCCUGAUGUUGGUAUUUUAGCUGAUUUAACAUGGGCAGAUCCAGAACCUGAAAUUGAUUUGUAUCAAGAAUCGCCACGUGGUGCUGCAAAUAUAUUUGGUGCAAAAGCUGUUGAAGAUUUUUGCAAAAAUUUUGAUCUUGAUCUAAUUGUUCGCGCACAUCAAGUUGUUCAAGAUGGUUAUGAAUUUUUUGCUGAUCGCCGUCUUGUCACUAUAUUUUCAGCUCCAUUUUAUUGUGGUCAAACAAAUAAUGUUGCAUCUGUAUUAAAUAUUUCAAAAGAUAUGGUUGCAUCGUUUAUGUUAGUUCGACCAGUUACUGAAUUAGAUGGCAAAAAUGUGGCUGAAGAUGAUGAAUAG